CCUUAUCUCCUUCAUCUUCCACUCUAAAAUUCUCUUUCUGCAUUCGUCACUCAAUAGGCUCUCUUAAAUUAACUUCAUUGCUUCGUCUAAGAUCAGUACUUAAAUCAAUUUUUAGAAGAAACCAUGCAGAAAAUCAUAGUGGAAAUUGAUUUACACGACGACAGAUGCAAACAAAAGGCCAUGAAAUCGGUUUCUGGUCUUCGAGGAGUUAGUUCAGUAUCCAUGGAUACGAAUAAUAAGAAAUUAACAGUUAUCGGAGAUGUUGAUGCAGUAACUGUAGUACGGAAACUAAGAAGACAUUGUCAUACAAAUCUGGUUUCAGUUGACCAAGAAAAGAAGAAGGAAGAACCAAAAAAGGAAGAACCCAAGAAAGAGGAACCAAAAAAGGUAGAACCAAAGAAAGAAGAGCCGAAGAAGGAAGAACCCAAGAAAGUUGAACCAUAUAAUCCUCACAUCAUGCCUACACCUUAUUAUUACGAUCAUCGUAUGCCUGCACAUUAUUAUGAUCCGCGUAUGAUUACACCUUAUUAUGAUCCUCGUAUGACCUCGAGUUACUAUGCUCCGUGUGCUGAAGAAAAUCCUAAUACCUGUGUUAUUUGCUAAAUUCAUUUAUUAAUGAAGGGUGGUGUUAAUACCUUCUGAUAACGCUGACGAAAUUAAUUUUUGUAAAAUCUUAUUUUUAUUCAUUCAAAUUCAUUAUUAACGUGUUGAGCGAUUCAAAAUAAAAGUAUGCAAGGAAAAGGCACUGCCAUAUUUAUAUUACCA